AUGGUGUCUCCACUGAUCGCUCAACACUUGUGGUUUCUAAUAGCCAUAGUGAUGGUCAUUGAGGUGGACGUGGUGGUCACGGAGGUUGUACGGGAGGCCGUACGAGUGGUCGUGGAGGUUGUAGUGGAUCCCGUUCCUAUACUCACUGUGGCCGUGGAGGACACACUGUUGAUUUUUGUUAGGAUUUACAUGGAAAAUCUUCUGGUACUGCUAAUCAGGCUUCUUAUCAGGAUGACACCUCUAUUGUUGCUUCCAUACCUCGGUCAGCUCCACCAGACACUAGGUCGGUUACUAUUAUACUGGGUCGAGAGGAGUAUGCUCAGUUUCUAUCUCAGUAACAGGGUAUCCCAUCUCUUUUCACUGCUACUUUUGCCCAGUCAGUCUGCUACUUCCACACGUAGUGUUACUCUUGCUAAUGGUACUUGUUCUAAAGUUUCAGGUCUGGGGACUACUCACUUGAGUCCUGAUAUGUCCCUAUCUUCCAUGUUAUUUGAUCUCAAGACAAAGAGGAAGAUUGGCACGGGGCAUGAAGCUGGUGGCCUAUAUUACCUUGAUUUUGAUUUACCUACCUGA